AUGGAUUACUGUAAGGAGAAUUUAGUCGAAAACGAAGGAUUGGACGAUUCGCAAUGUCUGGAAAUUGUCGAUGAGCCAGAAGACGAGGAGCCAGAAGAGAAGAAUUCGAGCGGAGGAGCAGGAGAAGAGCCAGAAGGCGAGGACGAGUUUGAGGAGGAGGAGCAGGAUGAGCAAUCUAAGGAUACUCCAGAAGACGUGGACAAAAUGGAGGAUUCAGAAGCCGUGAAAGCUCCAGAAGAAGUGAAAAAAGACGACGUCCCUGCCGCCGUUGAAGCAGCUGCAGAAGACGUGAAAAAAGAGGAGGAGCCAGAAGACGUGCAGAGUUCAGAGCAUGAGAUUACUGCUUCAGAAGCGGCUGGUGGAGAAGCAGGAGCUACAGGAGCUCCAGAAGUCGCAGAAGCAGCUCCGGAAGACACGAAAAAUGAGGAGGAGAGCGGCCAGAAGCAGGACGAGAAGAAGGAAGGGGCGGCUCCAACCGCUACCACAACUACGACAGCCUCGAAGCCCCCAACGAAGCCAGCUGGAGGCCUUCUACUCGCCGACGAAUCACGCAAAACGUCCAUCUGGAUUCGUGGAAUGGCACCGUCGACGAAGGCGUCAAGUGUGAAGCAACUCGCGAGUCAAUACGGAAAAGUGGUCCAGGCGAAAAUCUUCAAUUCGCGCCCGUCGCAUGAGGGGGAAAUCAAGAAUUGCUUCGCGUUGGUCACUUUCGCCGACGUCGCCGCUAUGGAUUUCGCCAUCACGUCGUUGCAGAAGAAGAACUAUCAGGGACGCGUGUUGAGAGUGGAGAAGGUUUCCGAAUCGCAUCUAACGGGAUCAGCGGAACGCAUUGCUCAGGAGAAACGACAGAUGGAGGAGAAGCAGAAGACGUCCGAAUCAGUAGCCGCCACCAUUGCCCCUGCACCAGAACCACCGAAGAAGAAGCAACGAGCACAGAUUACGGCUCCAGAAUCGACGACGCCACCGCCACGACGCCCGGCUAAGCCUUCUGAAUCAACACCACAGAACGCCAAGAAGGAAGCGCGUCAAACGAUUCAGGCGCCGACGUCAUCAGAUUUGGGCGAAAAACGACAGAAACGACCGCAAAUUCAGCCGCCGGAACGGUCGAGAAGCCGUGAGAGACGAGAGACGCAGAGAAGGAAGCCGAUCAUUUAUGACAAUGAAUUGCUCACGGAACGAGAGUCACCGGAACGAGACUCACGGCGAAUCAUCCAGGCGGCGGCGGCGACGGCUCCGCGAGCAUCCAGAGUUCCCGUUUCACCGAUUCGAUCGUCGUCGAGACAGGGUGGAGGAGGAGGACGAGGAGCAGAGGGAAGAGAAUCGUUGAUUAUUUCGGCACGUGUUGAUACGAGCAAUUGUCGUGGUGGAAAAGGAGUGACCAUCAAGCGCAGCGUCGAACGUUCCAUUCCCAACAACAUUAGCACGUCGUCGCUUCGUCGGAACGCUCCGCCCACUUCUUCAAUGACGUCAUCUGGGUCAUCGUCUUCUCAACGUCCACGUAGCGGCGGAAGACCACCGUCACCGGCUCCACGAGCAUCGUAUCAAACGGAACAGUAUCGAGAGCGUGGGAGAGCGGACUCUGAAGCAGGAGGCAGAAGACGUCACGAGAAAUCGCCGAUUCGUGAGGGAUCUAGAAGACGUGACGAGGACCAUCGUCAUUAUUCGAUGGAGAUCCGUGGACGUCAGCAAGAACAGGAGCCGGCUAGAAGACGUCAACAUGACGAGCAGGAUCGGAAGGCACAGGUGAGCCUGAUGGGUGGAGGAAUGAUGGCACUAUUGGCAAAACGAGAGGAGGAGGAUCGCAUUCGCGAGCAACGUCGCGAAAUCGAACGAGAGAAGGAGCGAAUCCGUCUGGAAGCUGAGAAACUGGAAAGAGCACGUCUCGAGUUGGAAGUUCAGAAGCAGAAGAUGCAGUUGGAGCAACAGGCGAUGGCACUCUCGGCAGGAGCAGCAGGAAAUGGACGGUUCUCGAGAGAAGGCUCCUCAUCGUCGUCCAGAAGACGUCAGGCUUCUGAUGUCUUGGCUCCGCCCACUCUGCCGAAGAUUCCGCAUCGAGAUGAUCAUCGAUCAUCCUCCAGAAGAGAAAGUGAACGAUCGGCUCCAACCAUGUCUAGUAGUAGUAGACGUGCAGCAGAGAGUCGUACUUCUGGAGGCUCACGUCAUCAGGCCCCUUCGUCUCACACCACGUCGUCUUCAGCUUCUUCCCGUCAAACGCCGACUUAUGGAAUUCAAUCAUCUGGAAUUGCACGUGGCACUGACUACAGUAGAAUGAUGGAUCCACCACGUUCGGGAUACUCGAGUAACAGCAAUAGCACUACCAGCACCAACUAUCGUGGCGGCUCAUCAGGAGGAUAUCCCCUAAAUAAUGCUGCUGGAAAUCAGGGAUACCAAGCAUAUGGAUUUGAGAAUAAUGUUAACUAUCAAGUCUGGGGCGGACUCGACGACCACGGUCAAAUGGCCAACCCGGAUACCAACUGGACCACCGGCGCCACACCAUCGACGUCGUCAACGUCUUCAGCUUCUGUAGGCCAUUGGAAUCAGAAUCAGAAUCACUACUCGACGUCAUCUGGAGGCUCAUCGUCACGUCGUGACUAUGGAUAUCAACGCAACAAUUACUAG